GAAAGUCGGUGAGGCACAUGAAGGCCGCCCCAGCUCAGUCAGGCCGCACUUGCCUCUGACGACAAUCCCCCGAAGCUCGCCAGAAGCCAGUACAUGGGGUUCUCUUGACCAACUGCCGCGUCUCCCAUCCCUCCGGCGGACCGAGAUUACGAACUGACAGUGUAGCAUCGUUACUUCUUCCCAACCCGAGCCCUAUGACGAAGAUCCCUUCCGAAGCCCAAAGCUCGUACAUACACGGGCUCACCGACUCCGAGAUGACUUACCGAACCCGAGGCAUUUCGAAGGUGUCUUUUAUAAGGACCUCAUCUCACCGUGCUCUUCAUCCAAUCGACCAAGCUCCCACUUCACCAUGACCACCCCGCCCACCACCAAAACUACCACUACCUCCCGCGGGUACAAGUACACCUACCUCUUCUCCCCAACCCAACCGGGAAAGCCCACGCUCUUCCUCAUCCACGGCUUCCCGUCGACCGCGCACGACUGGCGUUUCCAGAUCCCGUACUUCACAGCGAGGGGUUAUGGGAUCAUCGCCCCGGACAUGCUCGCUUACGGCGAGACGGACAAACCCGUAGAGCCAGAGGCGUACGCUGGGUCGAAGCUCGCUAGGGAUAUGGUGGACAUUGUCGAGCAUGAGAAAGCAGGGAGGGUAAUCGCGGUGGGCCAUGAUUGGGGCUCGCUGCCGACGUCCUAUCUCGCUGCGCUCCAUCAAGAGCGUUUCGCAGGAUUCGUGCUCCUUGCUGUCGGCUUCCAGCUCAUGAGAGGCUUCAAUUUCGAGACGGUGACGGCGUAUCUGAAGCAGAUUUUUGGGACUGAGAUCUACGGGUACUGGAACUUCUUCAACAAGGAAGACGCGGCCGGCAUCGUCGAAAAGAACCUCGACUCCCUCCUCGACCUCCUCUACGUCAAGGAUCACGAGCUCUGGAAGACGGUUCUGAACCCUCUCCGUGCCAUCGACACGUUCAUCUCCGAAGGCAAGCGGACGCCCGCGGCAGAGUAUCUUACAGAGGAGGACCGCUCCAUCCUGCACACCUCGCUCGCCAAGGGUGGCCUCACCGCGCCGCUGAACUACUACAAGGUCACCUACCGCGGGUUGCACGACACCGACAACCUUGGCCCCCUCACCGACGUCAGGGUCAAGAAACCCGUUCUCUAUAUCGGUGGGACAAGGGACUACGUCUGCCGCAUCGAGAUGCAGGAGCCAGAUCUGAAGAAGUACUGCGAGGACGCGCGGAUCGAGGUGCUGGAGACGGGGCAUUGGGUGCAUAUGGAGGCGGCGGAGCGGGUGAAUGCGACGAUUGAGGCAUGGGCGGGGGAGAAGGGGUUGGUGGGGGUGUAGACGAGGCGUCAUUAUAGUGAGGAAGAGAAAAAAAUAUGAACAUGCGCGUCAUGGCCAUCUAAAUUUUGUACUAAUAGUACUAGUAGGCGAUAUGAUCAGCGCGCAUACAACAUCGUCACAGUCGACAGGCGCAUCAUCAAGUACAUGGCCGACAACGAACAGCGUCGAUGGGAAAACCGACAACGUGCUUCAUCGAAGAGAGCCGACAACAUGCGCCAUCGAGUCCAGGGCCGAC